UAAAAAAAAAAAACAACGAUCUUUUCAUCUGUUCCCUCACUCUUCUUCUUUUAGAUCUGAUUCGAACAGAGCAUCAAAACUUUGGACGGAGACUAGAGAGGAAGAUAGAGCUAGGCGUGGAGCUUCAGGCAAAGCUUGGGACAGAGCUUUAGGCGGAGGUUCUCUCGGCGACAAUCUCACAGGGGUGGAGUUUAAGGCAGAGCUUGGGGCAGAGCUUCGCUCGACAACGAUCUCGCAUGGGUGGAGCUUCUCUUGGCGACGAUCUCACUAGGGUGGAGCUUCAAGCGGAGCUUAUGGAAGAGCUUCAGGUGGAGCUUCUCUCGGCGACAACGGGGAGAAGGUUGGGUUGGGCGAAGGGCAAGGUGACGGGGAGGAGGAGGCUGGGUAAUGGCGAAUUUGGGUUUCGUUCUUAGUGGUUGAAGCUAGAGGCUAGAAGAUCUGAGUUUGGUCCGCGUAAACUACAACAUUUUCGGUCGAAAAGUAAACAUCUAUCCUCAAAAAUCGGUGAUCGGCCCAGUGGAAGGCUUUCCAGUUGGACAAGAAAGCCCAUAUGAAAUGGGCCUAUGAUUGGAAAAUGGGCUUUCGGGUACAUAUCUGACAUCAGAAGCAGAACCCAUUUUCUUCUUUUAUAAUGGUACUCCCGCGCGACCUCUGUCAGACUGUCAUUACUCUCCACUCCAAUCCAUCGCGUCAGCCCUUUGUGGUCACCGGCGCUCCGAUCAUGGCUGGUCCGACUCAUCUGAUGACCACCUUUUGCUAAAGCUUUUAUAGGAAGUUGUCCCAUUGGUGAACCAGAAGGAAAAAUGUCUGCUGCACAGGAAGGAGUUCUUGGGCGCUCUAAGGCAGAGUGGACUCCAUCUCGUGAUGCAUAUUUGGUUGAGCUUUUCAUUGAGCAGCACAAUUGUGGAAGAACAGCUUAUAAUGAAUUCAAAAACGAAGUUAUUAGGUCGGUAACCCGCGAUUUUAAUAAGAAGUUUGGCAUGAAUUUAGAAGAGAACCAGAUAAAAAACCGAUACAAUGUCAUGAAGAAAGACUAUGGAGUUGUUAAAACUCUUCUUAGUCACACUGGCUUUCAUUGGGACGAAAUACGACAAAUGGUUGUGGCUGAUGAUAAAGUUUGGGACAACUACAUAGCAAUAAAAAGUGAAGCAAGGCCUUUUAGACGCAAGAGCUUUCCUCUUUACAACCAAAUGUCGAUUAUCUUUGAAGCAGGAGAAUCAAGAGCUAUUAUGAAACACCACUUCCCAAGUGGACUACAUGUGACAGCUGAAGAGGGAAAUAGUAAUACUGAAACUGUUCGAUCUUCAGAGCCUACUAACCUUCCAGCGCAGGUAGUUGAUGGCACCCCUGAUUCGGAUUCAAUGAUCCGAAUAGAUGACAACAAUGACGAUGAUGAUACUAGGCAACAAAAGAAGCACAAAGCCGAGGCUCCUUCAAUGUCUGGCCGUAAAAGAAGAUCAUGCUAUAAGGUCAGGGAGACAAUAGAAAAUACGUUGUACGAAAUGUUUUGCUCAGCCAACUUAAAAGCUGCGCAAAGAAAAGCAUUUAGUGAGAAAACACUUUACCAAAAGUGCCUUGAGGAAUUACAAGGAUUGGAAGAACUGGAUGACAUGGAAUUUGCUAAAGCUGUGAAUGUUCUCAAGGAUGAUAAAAAUGCAGUUGCCUUCAUGACUAUAAAAGGACCUCGGCGAUUAAUCUGGUUGAGGUCUCAGUGGCCUGCAGCAUAGUAUUAGUUUUUACUUUUGGUUUGUUGUAGAUGAUAUGUUGUAUUACUUAAUCAAAGAGAAACUCAACUUGACUGCCUCUUUUUGGCCUAUUAACAUGGAAAUAUUUUGUUUCUUGAA